AUGAAUGACUUGAAAUGUUUUGUUGCGUGUGUGUGUUUGUGUCUGUGUUUGUCUGGCUCACUCGAUACAAACAACAAUCUCUCCAUUGAAUCUAACAACGACAAUGACAGCAACAACAGCAAUUUCAGCAUAAACAACAACAACUACAUCAACAUCUACAACAACAACUUCAACAACAACAACAUCAACAACAACAUUCUCAGCAUCAUCAAAAACAACCACAUUAUCAGGUACAACAACGUCAGCAACAACAACAACAUCAGUAGCAACAACAACAACAGCAGCAACAACAACAUCAACAGCAGCAACAUCAACAGCAACCACUGUAGCCACAACUAG